CUCCGGUAUUACACGAUAUGCCACAACUCAGGAACUUCUACCCCGACUUGCUCACUUUGAACUGGCCAUUCUUGAAGGAAUUGCAAGUGACCCAUUGUGACAAACUGAACAUGUUGUCAUUUCUGGCAUCCAUGAACAAGUGGGCUCGGAGAGACAAUCAACAUGACCUUUCGGACGAACACUUCUCGGUUGAGAAGGACAUUCCCAUCUUAGAGAGACUUUUAUUAGUCGAUAAAGAUAUUCAGAUGAUAAAAAGUGAAAAUUUUUCUAAUGACACUGGCAAGCGAGAAGCACUAACAUUGGCAUGCUUUCAUGAUGAAAGGACCAUCUUUCCUUCCCGCUUUCUCCUACAAAGAUUUCACAAUCUAAAAAGCCUUGAGGUUUUCCGUAGUUCCUUUCAAGAUGUAUUCCUUGAUGAAGGACUUGUGGACGAGGGAAAACAUCCGGCGCUUGAAAAUUUAAGGGAACUUAAGUUGAGCAAGCUACACAACCUAAAGCGUGUCUGGAGAGAAGACUAUUUAAUCAAAAAAAUUCUUCAAAGCAUUGACAAAUUUGAGGUUUGGGAUUGUCCUGGUUUGACAACAUUAUUUCCAGCUGUGACAUUCUUCCAGAAUUUGACGGAGUUAGUAGUGAAGAAUUCCUCCGGAUUGGUACAUCUAGGGACAGCUUUAGCGAUCGCAAAUUUGAUGAAUCUCACCGAUAUGACUAUAAUAGGAUGUGAAAGAAUGAAAGAAGUAGUGACAAGCAAUGGUAAAGGAGAGGAAAAAGUGAUCUCUUUUGGGAUGCUAUAAAGGUUGACACUCCAAAAUCUGCCAAGCCUAGAAUGCUUCUCCUCCACCACAAGUUGCAGCUUUAGUUUUCCAUCCUUGUAUAGUAUUGAAGUGGAAGAGUGCCCCAAAAUGAAGAUCUUUUCCAAGGGUACACCGAGCACCCCACAACUACAAUAUGCGAGCCUGUUCGGAUACAAUUGGGACUUGAACCGGGAGGGUGAUCUCAAUGCAACCAUACAAAGCAUAAACAAAUGCACAUAAA